CAACUCAACUUGCAGGAAAACAAUGGUACAAAAUGCCCACUAUAAAUUUCUAGUUAUAGAUUCAUCAUUAUAGGCCAUUCAAAUUUCAUCCAUCUCCUGCCCUCAUUCUCCCAACAGUAUGAGAAACGCCAUUACUCUUCUAUUUCUCUCUUUAUUGUUCCACCAUACUCUCCUCAUCUCUGGAAACUCACUAUCUUCUCUUAUCGACAGCAUAGCUCUUGAUUGUGGCUCUACAAUUGAUAAACCUGCAAAAGAUGGUCGAAACUGGACUGCAGACACCAGUUCGAAAUUCUUCCUGCUAGAUCCAACCAACGCAUCAAAAAUCUCCUCAGCUCUUAAAUCUCCCAUGAGUGAUCCUGUACCUUAUAUAACAGCACGACUCUCGCGCUCCGAAUUCACCUACGCAUUUCCUGUGACGUUGGGCUCUAAAUUCAUUCGCCUUCACUUUUUCCCAUCUUCCUACCCAGAUUUCUCCAUUUCCAAUGAUUCUUUUUCCGUCAAAGCCAAUCGCUACACGCUUCUUAGCAACUUCAGCUCUGCUCUUAAUGCUCAGGCUUCCGGCUUAGACAGCUUUGCUCGAGAGUUCUGCGUAAAUGUUGAAGAUGGUCAAAUGUUGAACAUAACGUUCGUUCCCACUCCUGGUGUCGAUGCUUAUGCUUUUGUCAGCGGGAUUGAAAUCGUAUCCAUGCCAACCGAUCUUUUUUACACAGAAGACAUUGAAACUGCGUUCAAAUUUGUUGGCUCGGAAAACAUAAGCAGCCUCAACCGCAGGACUGCUUUGGAGCUGAUGCACCGAAUAAAUGUGGGGAGCCGCUUCAUUCCACCCCUAGAGGACACUGGAAUGUUUCGAAGCUGGAAUAACGAUGACGAGUAUUUAACUAUUGCAAAGCCAAGUGCAUUUCUCUCUAACAACACAAUUCAAUUUGAAUACAGAGACAACAGGACUCGUUACGCUGCACCCGACUUGUUAUAUCGAACUGCAAGGUCAAUGGGGAUGGACAUGAAGACCAACGAAAACUACAAUCUCACUUGGGAGUUUCGGGUGGAUUCUAAUUUCACUUAUCUUGUUAGGCUUCACUUCUGUGAAAUUCAACCGCCAAUAACUAACAAGGGAGACAAAGUUUUUAUGAUAUAUAUAGCUACUCAAAUUGCAGAGGCUGAAGCUGAUGUGAUUGAAUGGAGUGGUGGAAACGGUAUCCCUGUCUUCAAAGAUUAUGUGGUCACCAUUGAACCAAAGGGAAACCAAAAGCUACAGAAUAUCUCUAUCGCACUGCAUCCCACUGACCAGACUGUAUACGCUGAUGCCAUUCUGAAUGGGCUUGAAAUCUUCAAAUUAAGUAGCAGUUCAGAUAAUCUUGCAGCGCCAAAUCACGAAAUAGAUCAGAUUAGUCCACCAACUGCAGCGACUCCGAUUCCCAAAACAACAAAGUCGAACGGUAAUAAGACACCAAUAGGCGCCAUUAUCGGCGGUGCUGUAUCGGGCUUUUUGGUGCUCUCUUUCUUGUUUUUCUUUAUUUUCCGACGAAGACUAAAAGUCAAGAAGUCGGAUUCUAGUGAUGCACCUUCAUGGUGGGGUCCAUUUUCGGUAUCUUCGACCAAGUCCGCAAAGACCCAAGGCUCAACUCUGCCUUCUGAUAUUUGUCGCCGUUUUUCACUGGUGGAGGUCAAGGAGGCCACCCACAACUUUGACAGUGUGUUCAUUAUUGGUGUUGGAGGAUUUGGUAAUGUGUAUAAAGGGUUGAUUAAUGAUGGGGCCACUACCGUAGCGAUAAAAAGAUUGAAUCCAGAGUCGCAACAAGGGGCCAACGAGUUCAAGACGGAGAUUGAGAUGCUCUCUCAACUUCGGUAUCUUCAUUUAGUGUCGCUAAUUGGUUAUUGCUACGAAGACAGGGAGAUGAUCCUAGUUUAUGAUUACAUGGCUCAGGGAACUCUUCGCGAUCACCUCUACAAGACCGACAAUCCUCCACUUUCAUGGAAUCAACGGCUAGAGAUUUGCAUUGGUGCAGCACGUGGGUUGCAGUACCUUCAUUCAGGCGCCAAGAACACCAUCAUUCACCGUGAUGUGAAGACAACAAAUAUCUUGUUGGAUGAGAAAUGGGUCGCCAAGGUUUCAGAUUUUGGAUUGUCCAAAAUAGGUCCCUCUAGCAUGUCAAAACCCCACAUCAGCACAGUGGUAAAAGGAAGUUUCGGGUACUUAGAUCCUGAAUAUUACCGAUUGCAGCGAUUGACAGAAAAAUCUGACGUUUACUCAUUUGGCGUUGUGUUGUGUGAAGUCUUAUCUGCUAGACCCCCAGUGAAUCGAUCAGCUGUUAAAACACCUGCAAGCUUAGCAGAGUGGGCUAGACAAUGCUACCGCAAAGGAAUAUUCGAUGAGAUAAUUGAUCCAUAUCUGCAAGGAAAAAUUGCCUCCGAUUGUCUGAGAAAAUUCGCUGAAGUUGCAGUAAGUUGCUUGCGCGACAAUGGAGUUGAAAGACCAUCAAUGAGCGAUGUGGUCUGGGGGCUUGAGUUUGCGUUGCAACUACAGGAAACUGCUAUCAAACACUGUAGACUUCCAGAUGAAAUUGACAUUGAUAUGAAGAUCCCCACAAAGGGUACCUCAGUUGCUGAUAGUAGCGAUGAUGUGUUCAGUAGUGGCAGUGAGCUCAUGAUCGGCUCCAGGCUUAGUGGAAUGACAUUUACAAGCAGCAGCGGCGAGCAAAGUUUUCUCAACAACAAUUUUGAGAAAGUAAAAUCUGGUGCUAUCUUUUCUGAGAUCAACAACCCAACAGGGCGAUAAGCAAUAUUCCAUAUAGGUUGCAUUUAAGUGUAAUAUGUAAAGUCUCGAGAUCAGUUUUUCCGGUGGAUUGCAGGGUUGGCUCAUAGAUCAUCUUGGUGUUGGGUGGAUUUUUUGGCUGGCUUUGAAGUAAUAUUUUAUUUAUUAGUUCAGGGAGUCAUAAGGAUGUUUCCACCUCUCAGGAGUAAUAAGGCUGUUGUGCUAAGGCUUGAGUAUUGGAGUGAUAAAGGUUAAUUUUGUAAAUAUUGUACAAUUGAAUGAGUCUUAUGAUUAGGAUUCUUAGGGUGAUUCGUUUACUUACUGGUGAUAUUUUUCCAUUAUUCUCUCCUAUUCAAUAGGCAACUUUAGUUAUCAAUUCUCUUAUUUAAAUC